AGAUCUAUAGUAGGACAUCAUGAUGGCGAACCGGCCGCCCCCCUCACAUCACCAGAUGGAUCCAGUAAUGGGAACCCACCAGAGAGAUGUCCCCGUUCUCUGUAUUCCCAGGAUUCCACACAGGAACAUCAGGAGAUCCCUCAGGAGGAUCAGGGCGGAGACCUAAUUGUUGUAAAAGAAGAAUCAGAAGAUCCAUAUGUGAUGGGUGAUAAGCCAUGUAAGCAUGAAGAAAUUCCCUCACAGAUCAGCACAGGUAAUAAAACUCA